AUGGGGGCCGGGGGCGGCGGGCGCCGCACUCGCUGAGGCCGACGCAGGGCCGGGCCGGGCCCAGGGCCGACAGCGCAGCGGCCGGAGCCGGGCCGCGGAGGCGACGCCGGACCGCGCGCGACAAGCAGGUGGCGGCCGCUGCAGGCCCUUCCGGCUGGACACCUCUGAGGACAGUCGCCGCCCAGCCCUGCUGACUGUGCCUUGGACGGCUGUUCUCAGCGAAGGACCUUGCGCCCACCCCUGAUCAGCGACCAUGGGCCUGCUCGCCUACCUGAAGACCCAGUUCGUGGUGCACCUCCUCAUCGGGUUCGUCUUCGUGGUGAGCGGGCUGACCAUCAACUUCACCCAGCUGUGCACGCUGGCCCUCUGGCCCAUCAGCAAGCAGCUGUACCGCCGUGUGAACUGCCGCCUGGCCUACUCGCUCUGGAGCCAGCUGGUCAUGCUCCUGGAGUGGUGGUCCUGCACAGAGUGCACCCUCUUCACCGACCAGGCCACGGUGGACCACUUUGGGAAGGAGCACGUGGUCAUCAUCCUGAACCACAACUUUGAAAUUGACUUCCUCUGUGGAUGGACCAUGUGUGAGCGGUUUGGCGUGCUAGGGAGUUCCAAAGUGCUGGCUAAGAAGGAGCUGCUGUACGUGCCCCUCAUCGGCUGGACGUGGUACUUCCUGGAGAUCGUGUUCUGCAAGCGGAAGUGGGAGGAGGACCGGGACACUGUCAUGGAGGGACUGAAACGCCUGGCUGAUUACCCUGAGUACAUGUGGUUUCUCCUGUACUGCGAAGGGACGCGCUUCACGGAGACCAAGCACCGUGUCAGCAUGGAGGUGGCUGCCUCCAAGGGGCUGCCCCCCCUCAAGUACCACCUGUUGCCACGGACCAAGGGCUUCACCACUGCGGUCCAGUGCCUCCGGGGGACAGUCGCAGCUAUCUACGACGUGACCCUGAAUUUCAGAGGAAACAAGAACCCAUCUCUGCUGGGGAUCCUCUAUGGGAAGAAGUAUAUGGCCGACAUGUGUGUGAGGAGGUUCCCCCUGGAAGACAUCCCAGUGGAUGAGAAGGACGCAGCGCAGUGGCUCCACAAACUGUACCAGGAGAAGGAUGCGUUGCAGGAGAUGUACGAGCAGAAGGGCGUGUUUCCAGGGGAGCAGAUCAAACCUGCCCGCAGGCCAUGGACCCUCCUGAACUUCCUGUGCUGGGCCACCAUCCUCCUUUCUCCCCUCUUCAGCUUCGUCCUGGGCGUCUUUGCCAGUGGAUCCCCGCUGCUGAUUCUGACAUUCUUGGGGUUUGUGGGAGCAGCUUCCUUUGGAGUCCGAAGACUGAUAGGAGUAACCGAAAUAGAAAAAGGCUCCAGCUAUGGAAACCAAGAAUUUAAGAAAAAGGAAUAAUUAAUGGCUGUGAUUGAACACACAUAACCUGACGUGGUAUCUGAUUAAACUCAAUUAAAAACAGAACACACACAGAGUGAGGGGAAAGAGACACUUAGAAACUAUUUUUCUUAUUAACUGGUGACUAAUAUUAACAAAUAAAACUUGAGCCAAGAGCAAAGAACUCAGAAGGCC